UUAACGCCGUCAAGUCAAUUGCCGACCACCCUCCUUUUAUUAUCAAAAUCCCCAUUUUCCGUUUCAUAUAAAGAGACGAAAAAAGCCACCAGCUGAGUUCACCCACGUUGACGGAACUCUGAGGAAACGUCUAAAAAAGCGACCUUUCACUACUCCCUCUCGGCAGCAACUCAAGAAUCCGAACAUUUUUUUUUCCCCUCUUUCUCUUUCUAAAAUUCCUACAUAUUUAUUUAUGUAAUCUGUAUUGCUUCUCUCUCUCUCUCUAGAUUCUCCUCUUCCUCUUUUGUGGCUUACCGCCGAAAGGGUUUUCACGGACUCAAGCUCACUCCUACUGCUCAGUGUUCGAUUGCGUGACUUAGCAGUAACCAUGCUGGAAUAGGUGGCGCCCCUUUGCUGCUAGUUAACUUCAUCGACAUUACUUUGAGUAAGCAUGGGGUCUGCAUGUUGCGUAGCUGCCCGGGAUGGAACCGUUACAAAUGGAUCUGCUAGUGAUGUUAUACAUCGUAAUGUCCGGCAUUCUCCAUCUUGGAGUUUUCGCUGGGAUAACAGGGUACGAGUAGUGGGGGAUGAAGGUUCUGUGAAUUGGAUUUCUGAUGGCAGCACUCAUAAUAGUCGAUUCGGUAUUAAACCUGGACCAACUACCGAAACUGCAUAUGCAUCUGAAGAGGGCAGUCCUUUGGAUAGUUUUAGAUCACUUGUGUGGCAGAAGUCUCCAGUUUCUGAAAGUAACAAUGGGAUUCCAGGGCUCCAUUCUUCAGAUCCUCUGACGUCUAGAAAUUCUGCGGACGUGAGUCUGGUUAAGGAGUCUAGCGGUUCACCAGCGGUUUCAUGCCCUUCUCCUGCGAAGAUGUCUCCUUCAGCACCAUCAGUGUCAUCAUUUUCAGCAUCACCUCUCUCAUCUCAAAGCCACCAACUGCCCGCUAGCUCGACUCCAUCAAGAUGGCCUCGCCGUUCUCCUGGACACCAACUGUUACGACAAGUAUCUGAUAGCCUAAUCAAAUCUCCAACCUUGUCAGUUUCUGAAGAAACAUCUUCUUUUGUACUUCCUGGAUGGAGCCACGAUUCAACAAGGGGUUCCCAUGGUGGUUCAUCAGAUAGCUGGUCUACACCUACCUUCCCUGAUCUUGUAACUACUUCCCGCAGGGAAAGGUGGUCUUUUGACAGUGAAACCCUGGGUUUCUGUCGUGAUAAAUUAACUAGAUCUAGUGGUAGAAACAGUUACCAGUUUGAUCUACAAACUUGUGGUAUCUGUGCAAAACUUUUAACUGAGAAAUCUUUAUGGGGCAGCCAGAAAAUUAUACCCACCAAUGAGCUUGCUGUAGUUGCAGUCCUAAUAUGCGGGCAUGUUUAUCAUGCUGAGUGCUUGGAGAAUAUGACGCCUGAAGUUAAUAAGUACGAUCCAGGUUGCCCUGUGUGUACCUUUGGAGAGAAGCAGGCUCAUAAAAUGUCUGAGAAAGCUCUGAGAGCUGAAUUGGAAUCAAAGACUAGAAAGAGGUCUAGAAAUCGCAUUGCUGAUGGUGAUCUUAGCAGUGAUUCUGUUUUCUCUGAGCACCAGAAAAGUAGUGGCCAUGACCGAAGAGGUCCCAAAAUGAGUUCCAGUUCCAGCAUGAAAGGCUUGCCUGGAGUACCGUUCUUGAGGCGACACUUUUCGCUUGGAUCGAAAGGGAGUAGAUCCUUGUCAGAGAAUCAUUCUUCUAGAAAGCGAGGCUUUUUCUGGGCAAAGUCUAGGAAGAAUUGAAGUUGAUUAUCAGUUGAUAUAGGUAAUCUUCAUCUCUGUGUCUUCUUUCCUCGUUCUCAGCUUUUCAUCAUUUCCUUGCUUUCGUGCAACUCUUUCUAACAUGGACAUAUCUUAGCUCAAUCAUUAACUUACCAUGGAUUUGAGCUGUAUAUCACAUUCUCCCUAUCUCAUUAAUUUCUACAAUUUCUGCAGAUUCCGCAGUUGAUCUUCUCUACAAGGCCUUAGGUGGAGCCUGAAGAAUGGAUGGAGCAAAGCGUCGGUCCUUGUCUUAUUGAGGACGGAUGGUGCAUGCAAAAAGUAGGUUAGCUUUUGAAGAUACACUGUAAAGGAGAACAACAUAAAGAAGGGAAAAUGGAUCCAUAUAUAGGAAUACGAAAGGUGAUAGGGAAUGUGAAUUAAUAUUGCCUAAGCUAGUUUAAUCAUCCAUUCGGCACAAUUUAAAUUGGUUGUUAUAUCGGUCCAUCUGAUGGAAAUAUUUGUUCUUUAUCUUUGCUGGUGGCACAUGCUCAUCUUAGAUUGUACGCUUGUACAGUCUUUAUGUCCAGAUCUUGUCCUGUUGUUUCUAACAUUUAUACUAAAGGGUAUCAACUUACAUUGUUGGAAGGGCAAACUGCAGCUGAGUACUCUUGUGAGGUUUCCAGUUCUUGGGCUGGGGACAGGAGGUUCAAGCUCUGUUAUGCGUCGAAUGAACAUGUAUAAAGCUGUGUCUCAUGCUAUUCUUGCAAAAUUGUGCACUUACCAUGGGUAAUGAGUCCGGUUAACUGAUUUGAUGUAUUUGAACUGGAUUAGCCAUUUAUAUGCAACUUCCUUCGAUGUGAAUUUGAUGGAUAGUCGUAGACUCGUAGUUGAAAUUCUGGCCGUUCCAAGAGGAGUGGAAUAAGGUUAACCAGCGGAACGUGUCAAAGAAGUCAACCAGCACUAAAAUUUGUUUCUCAAACACGUCGAAACUCUUAUAUAGUCAGAAGCUCUUAUGCAUCAGUUACGUAAGAGCAUCCCAAUGUUGCACCAAUUCAGCAGAUUGUUGGAGAAUUUGAUGUAUUUCUGCUCUAAUUUAGCAGCAAAACAGCAAAAAUAAACAGCAAAGUGCUGCUUUUGCUACAGUAGAUCAUCAAAUUUGCUGUUGUACUGUAGAUGCAGCAAAUGGAGUGUCCCACCGAGGUUGUUUCUUUUAACUUUUCUGACUUUUUUUUUUUUUUUUUUUGGGUUUUAUUGGGUAAUUUGCUACACAAAAUAGAAUUGAUGGUAGGAGAUGAACUACAUCUAAACUGCAAUGUUGAUGAUUUGGUGUACAGCAAAUUGCUUCGACGCUGAAAUUACACUGGAAUUACUCUAACAAGUAGAACUACACUGUAUCAUAAGCCCUGAAACGUUUUUCUUGAUCAAUAUCCAUGGCCAC